UGCAAGAAUACACGACCUUUUUUUUUGUCCACCGGAAGCUGAAAGUAGCUUCGUGAGCAGAAGCUAGAAACAAAACAUUGUCAUGAAGUCAUUUUUAUUGCGUUUCUGACGGCUUUUCCUCCCAAUUGUGUGCUUACUGCAGCUGAAUAGAAGUAAUAACAUCAUCGAUUCGUUGUGGUCAGUUUUUUUUCGCAACGUCACUUCGACGCGUCCCAUGCUAGCUUAGCUUGCUAGCUGCUAAACAAAAGCAAGCGGAAGUGAUCGACAGGUCGCUAAAGUGUUGUGAUUGUGUGAAAAUGUGCAAAGUACAAAUGCUGAGAGUGUUGGUGAAGCAGCGACUAACUGCUGCUGUGGAAGAAAUAUUUGUAGUGUUAGAAAGAACCAUAGCAGAAUACGAGGAGGAACUUUCUAGAAGAAAAGAGGAGAACGAGCGACAACGUCAACUACUGGACGCUCUUUUCAACAAACAUCAACAAACAGACGUCACUGAGGACCAUCUUCAUCCUCAGCAGCAGGAGUGGAGCUCCAGGGUGGAGCAGGUGGAGGCACAGCCCCCCUACAUUAAAGAGGAUGAGCAUCUUGAGGGACCGGAGGAGUUCCCGGUGAUCGGUGUCACUGUGAAGAGUGAAGAAGAUGAGGUCAAAGGUGAAAGGGAGGAGACGGGAGAGCCGGAGAGACCAAGCAGCAGCUCAACUCAACACAUGACAAGAGAAGGUGAUGGUGGAGACUUGGCUCCACUCUCAGAUAGUGACGAGACGACAUCUCACUCUGCUGACAUGGCAGUACAACUAUUUGUCUGCUCAGUCUGCGGUAAAUCAUUCCGUAAUCAGGAGAAUCUGAAAAGACACGCUAGAACCCACACCGGGGACAAAACCUACUCCUGUUCCUUCUGCCGCGCCAUCUUCAGUGUCCGCUCGGGGUUGGUGCAACACCUGAGAUCGCACACCGGCGAGCGACCUUUCCCCUGCGCCGUUUGCGGCGACAGCUUCUCUCACAGGGGACAUCUGAGAAGGCACGAAAGGACGCACACCGGGGAGAAACCUUUCCCAUGCUCCCUCUGUGGGCUACGGUUCUCCCGAAACACCCAUUUAAUGACUCACAUGAGGACGCACACCGGCGAGAAACCCUUUUCCUGCUCGUUCUGCGGCAAGAGGUUCUCGCUGAAGGGGAAUUUAACGUCGCACGAGAGAAGACACACCGGCGAGAAAGUGUUUAGUUGCAGCGUCUGUGAUGAAAGGUUCUCUUACAAAUACCAAGUGAGCAACCACAAGUGCCGUGGGAAACAUUUGAGUGUCUUUGAUGUCAAAUGCAGCUUGGUGGAGCUUAGCUUGCUAGCUACCAACAAAGAGACAAAGCGGAAGUGUUGUGAUUGUGUGAAAAUGUGCAAAGUAGAAAUGCUGAGAGUGUUGGUGAAGCAGCGACUAACUGCUGCUGUGGAAGAAAUAUUUGUAGUGUUAGAAAGAACCAUAGCAGAAUACGAGGAGGAACUUUCUAGAAGAAAAGAGGAGAACGAGCGACAACGUCAACUACUGGACGCUCUUUUCAAUAAACGUCAACAAACAGUCAGUGAAGAAAAUCUUCCUCCUGAGCGGCAGGAGUGGAGCUCCUGGGUGGAGCUGGAGGAGCCACAGCCCCCCCACUUCAAAGAGGAGCAAGAGGAGGACAGCAUCGGUCUGGAUGGAGAGCAUCUUGGAGGACUGGAGCAAUUGCCGGUGAUCCGUGUUGUCGUGAAGAGUGAGGAUGAUGAGGUCAAAGGUGAAAGUGAGGCGGAGCCUCCAAGCAGCAGCUCAAGUCAACACAUGGCAAGAGAAGGUGAUGGCGGAGGAUCACAAGCAGACUUGGCUCCACUGUCAGAUUGUGACGAUACGACGUCACACCCUGCUGACACUGAUGAGGAAGACUCUAAAGCUGCUCAGACGUGUCACACUGACAACAUUCCCUUGAAAUGCUCUCAGUGUGACAAAACCUUUGGCGACAAGUCGUCUUUGACUAGACACAUGAGGAUCCACUCGGGGGAAAAACCAUUUGCUUGCGCAGUUUGUAGCAAAAGCUUCAAACUGAAGGACACUUUGAUCAGGCACACAAGGAUACACACCGGUGAAAAACCAUUUGGCUGCUCAGUUUGCGGCAAAAGAUUCUCUGUAAGGGGAAAUUUUAUAACGCACACCAGAACGCACACGGGAGAAAAACCAUACGCGUGCUCAUUCUGCAACACGGGUUUCCGUGCUCGUCCGGCGUUGGUCAAGCAUUUGAGAACGCACACCGGGGAGAAACCGUUCAUCUGUGCAGUUUGCGGUGAAAGAUUCUCUCAGAAGGAGACACUAAAUAGACAUUCAAGAACCCACUCUGGGGAGAAACCUUUUACCUGCUUAAUAUGCGGUAAAACCUUCUCCAUAAAAGGACAACUGAUAGCACACACUAGAACACACACAGGAGAGAAACCUUUCACCUGCACAUUUUGCGGCAAGACCUUCUCUCUCAAGGGAAAUUUAAUACGACACACAAGAACGCACACGGGAGAGAAGCCCUUUUCCUGCUCAGUCUGCAACAAAAGUUUUACCGAUGGCUCGGGAUUGAUUAUUCACAGGAGAACGCACACGGGAGAAAAACCUUUUCCCUGCUCGGUCUGCGGUCAAAGGUUUGCCAUCAAAGGGCACUUGAUAACACACACAAGAACACACACGGGGGAAAAGCCGUUUUCAUGCUUGGUGUGCAACACAGAUUUUAGUUCUCAUUCAGGACUGGCCCAACACAUGAACAAACACAGCUGAGAGGACUGAAGGGCAAUUAUCAGCACCUCGUACACACACUAUCACCCCUGCUUUAAAGGCCUACUGAAAUUAUAUGAUCUUAUUUAAACGGGGAUAGCAGCUCCAUUCUAUGUGUCAUACUUCAUCAUUUCGCGAUAUUGCCAUAUUUUUGCUGAAAGGAUUUAGUAGAGAACAUCCACGAUAAAGUUUUCAACUUUUAGUUGCUAAUAAAAAAGCUUUGCCUGUACCGGAAGUAGCAGACGAUGUGCGCGUGACGUCACGAGUAGUGGGGCUCCUCACAUCUGAACAUUGUUUACAAUCAUGGCCACCAGCAGCGAGAGCGAUUCGGACCGAGAAAGCGACAAUUUCACCAUUAAUUUGAGCGAGGAUGAAAGAUUUGUGGAUGAGGAAAGUGAAAGUGAAGGACUAGAAAAAAAUAAAAGAAAAUAAAAGACGAGGGCAGUGGGAGCGAUUCAGAUGUUAUUAGACACAUUUACUAGGAUCAUUCUGGAAAAUCCCUUAUCUGCUUAUUGUGUUACUAAUGUUUUAGUGAGAUUAUAUGGUCGUACCUGUAUAAUCUGAAAGUCGGAGGGGUGUGGCCACAGGUGUGGUGACCGCCAGUGUCUCUGAGGGGAGCCACGUUUCUCGACAAGGCGAAGGCAGCCGGUGGGGCCGGGCUGAGAUUAUUUUUAGUCACUGCUGUUGUGUCCUUGGGCAAGACACUUUACCCACCUGCUUCCAGUGCCACCCACACUGGUUUGAAUGUAACUUAGAUAUUGGGUUUCACUAUGUAAAGCGCUUUGAGUCACUUGAGAAAAAGCGCUAUAUAAAUAUAAUUCACUUCACUUCCCUCCUCCACGGUGGAAGCAUCCGACGGUCGCGGGCGACCGGUGGUAGGAGGCACGACGAAAGUUCUCCGCUCAUGUCUACGGUACGAGCCGACUUAUUACCACCAUUUUCUCACCGAAACCUGCCGUUUUACAUGUGGUAGGGAACAAUGUUCGCUUGACAGCUCUGUUCCAUAGUAAAGCUUCACCGUCAUCUUUCGGGAAUGUAAACAAGGAAACACCGGCUGUGUUUGUGUUGCUAAAGGCGGCCGCAAUACACAGCUUCCCACCUACAGCUUUCUUCUUUGACGUCUCCAUUAUUAAUUGAGUAAACUGCAAAAGAUUCAGCAACACAGAUGUCCAGAAUACUGUGUAAUUAUGCGAUGAAAAGAGACAACUUAUAGCUGUGAACGGUGCUGGAACAAAAUGUCCUCUACAAUGCAGCAGGAUACUUCCGCGCGAUAUUUUAAAUUGCAAUAACAAAAUAAACCUGUGGAUUUUACAGUGAAUAAUUGUCAACUCAGUCAUUAGAAUUUUAUUGUUAAGUAUACACUGUUUUUAAUCAAUAAAAGUUUAUUUAUAUGGUCCUAA